AUGACGAGACACUCUUCCGAGGAGCGCGCCAUUCGCUCAGCUCCAUCGUCGCCUUAUAUCCCAAACAGGACGCUGGCCUUGGGACAUGAUGGUGUCCGCACAAGUGGUCAAAACACUCCAUCAGCCGCCACCACUAAUCGGACCUUCCACCCCGACGCCUCAGUCGUUCUUGUUGGAAUUCGUGGCAGUGGGAAGCGGUCGCUCGGACUGAUCGCUGCGGCUGCUCUGGGACGUCGCUUUAUCACUGAGGACCAUUUCUUCCAGCUUACUACCGGCUUCUCGAGGCAGGACUUCCUCAAGAAUCAUGGCAGUGAGCUAUUUCACCAGAGCGAUGUUGAGGUUACGCGAAAGAUGCUUGAGGAAAAUAAGCAUCACUGCGUGAUAGACUGUGGGCUGGGAAGUAUGACAAGCAGCUUGCAGGAUUAUCUGAGGCUCUACUGUAUGACCAACCCUGUCGUCUACAUUAUGCGAGAUAUGGUGCAGAUCAAGUCACUACUCAAUCUGGGGGACAGAUCUGUCAAGCUGCUCGAAGCUGGGGAUCCCAGCCAUCGAAAGUGCUCAAAUUUCGAAUACUACAACUUGCAGGAUGAUACAGCAGACGAAGGAAGCGACGAGACCGCUGACCGUUCUUCACCCACAUACUCCUUCAAGCUGAGACACGCUCAGGAGGAUUUCUCUCGUUUUGUUCGUCAGAUCACAAAUACUGCUCCGAAUUACUCGUCAACAUUCUCCAUCGAUGCUCCUCUGGAGACUAGGGCAUACACGCAUGCUCUCGAAAUACCACUGUCCAGACUCACGGAUGAGCUUGACAUAUCGGCCCUCGAGGUCGCUGGAGAUCUUGUUGAUAUCAUCAUCGACAAGUGGAAUGGUCACAUGUCCAAGGUCUUCAGCAAGGCUGUUGCGUCGGUUCGGCGGCACAUUGGUGUUCCAGUCUGCGUGACAAACCGCGCCACUGAGCUUGGGAUCGAUCUACGCAUGGCCAUCAUCAAUCACGCUCUUCGCACUGGUGUGGAAUACGUAGCUAUCGACCUAGAUCGCGAAAGGAAUCUCAUCCCAUCUGUGCUUGCAAUGAAAGGUCCGAGCAGAAUCAUCGGUACUGUACAACGGAGAAUACCCACUGGACAAGAUUGGCGAGACCACAAAUUAGUCGAGCUCGCUCAAGCCGCUGUUUCUGCCAAGUGCGACUCUGUUCGCAUCAUUGUGCCAGCUUUGUCACGGAAUGAUCUGUCAAGCGUUCUCUGGCUCCGAGAAGAGCUGCAAUCCAAAUUGAAGCCGACAGUACCUGUCACCAUUUUUGCCUCAGGAAGCCUCGGACGAGCUUCGCAGAUGCUCAACACUCACAUGACGAGCGUGACUCAUCCGAUACUCAAGGCUGGAAAUGAUCAAUUCGCGCCAAUUCUAACAUCUGCGCAAUUGCUCCAAGCGCUGGGCUCUUCCUUUAUGCUCGAUGCCUUACAGUUCUGUAUCGUUGGUGCCAACGUGUCGCAGUCGCUAUCUCCAGUAAUGCACAACGCUGCGUAUGAGGCCACCGGGCUUAGUCACUCAUACACCCUAAAGAAUAUUAUUAGCUGGGACGAGGUGGAAGCUCUUGCCGCAGACGAUUGCUUUGGAGGCGCCAGUGUUAUACAGCCAUGGAAAGUCAAAGCCAUGGAGAAGGUAUCUUCCCUAAGUCACCACGCAAGAGCCAUCGGGGCCGUCAACACUCUUAUUCCACUUCGCAAAGAUGCCAACGGCAGAAUGCCGCCUCUUGCUACUCAGGCAUACAAUCGCAACCAGGCUGGUCCAAUAGCUGCAUGGCAUGGUGACAACACGGAUUUCAUCGGCAUCAAGGUCUGCUUGAGCCGGAGUUUGUCACCGCGUAACGUGAUUCAGCCGAAGACGACGGGCUUGGUCGUUGGUGCGGGUGGUAUGGCGCGAGCAGCCGUAUAUGCUAUGCUCCAGCUGGGCUGCAAAAACGUCUUCAUCUACAAUCGGACACUUGCUAACGCUAGGGCCGUGGCAAGUCACUUCAUGAGCCAGUCCUCAAGAGACGGAAAGGCGCCAUCAUCUGCUGCAGGUGGUCUGAAUGUGCUGGUACUGGAAAACCUCGAACAAGCUUGGCCGUCUGGAUUCGCAAUGCCGACAAUGGUCGUAUCCUGUGUCACGCAUGAACGAAUCGACGGCAACACCGAAGCAGUGUUCAAGAUGCCAAAGCAGUGGCUCGAGUCUCCCUCUGGAGGCGUUGUUGUCGAGAUGGCAUACAACCACGUAACUGCACUUGUACAGCAGAUCACGCAAUUCCGAGUCGAAACUGGCAUUCCAUGGGUCGUGGUUCCGGGAGUUGAGACUCUGAUCGAGCAAGCUGUUGCGCAGUUUGAGAUUAUGGUUGGUCGUCGCGGGCCCCGAUCUGUGAUGACGGCGGCUGUCAAGUCUGUCAUGAACGACAAGCGAUACUUGACCGACUUUGGAUCCUGGAGGGCUUCAGAUUGA